GUUGGUGGGUAGGUCAAGUACACAAUUAGUGGCCAUCUUGCAGUCAAAAGUACCAAAGCAAUUUUUUGUGUUAAUAGUUUUAGAAUAUUCUAAAGUGUUAGAACUUCUUUAUGAAGCAGUUUUAUUAAGCGUUGAAGUGUCACCUUAAGAGCCCCUGGUACGUUUAAUGUGUCUUCAAACAAAGUGUCGGAUGGCCAAGUUGGACAUUAUAAAUGUCCGGGUAAGGCACCCAGUUCAUGAGACAGCGCUGGACAAUACAUCCAAUAUGUACUUCUACUUGAUGGUAAGUUCUAUCAAACGUUCAUCAGUUAAGCUUAUUUUACUGGACGGUAAGUUACGUGACUGAGCUGGACACGUUCAUUCGAUCAUCGCAUUUUACGUGUCGACUAUAAGACACAUCAGACGUAAGCUUCGAUGAACAUCAUAGUUGCUGUUACUGUCAGGUUGCUUUUUUUCGUUUUUUUUGUUGUUUUUUUUUUAUUUUUAACUUCACCAUCAAGAUCAUGAUUUUAUGUCUAGGAAAUGAAAUACAGCUUGCUUAUCCUUUUCCAAAACGUGAUGAAAUGUUGUUAUGUUGUAAUUAUUUAUUAUUUUUGUAUUUUUUUUAUAUUAUGAUGAUGUGAUGAAAUGUUGUUAUUUUGUAAUGGUGUCUUUCUUGUGAUGUAAUGUACAUCAACAUACCACAAAUUUCUUCUUGUAGUUGUUGACCUCUGGCUGUGCCCUCAUUGCAACUGUGGAAGGGGAACAGUGCCAUGCAAUUGUCCCUACAAAUGCAUACAAUGAUAUCAUCUUCCCAGAAUAGUAAGUACAGCAGUUCCGAGCCCAAGCUGACUAACAAAAUGAUUCAUCCGAAGAAAUUCACGAGUAAAUCUGACAUUCUGUGAUUACAAAUCUUUUUUUUAUAAAAUGUGCAUUUAUAUUGAUAAUUUUUUUUAGCGAAAUUAAUACACAAUGUAUUUUCUGAUUUAAGAGAUCGAGUCAAGGAUCAUAAGCAACUUCCGCAUUUUCGAGAAAAAAGAAACCCAUGAUCACUAACAAUUACCACCCUCCCCCCCCCCCUCACUCAACACCUUUUUAACCACACACAAAUUUGUCAACGUUUUUCUACCGAAUAGCAAAAUCAAGUGUGGAAAAGAAGACGGAGANUUUAAGAGAUCGAGUCAAGGAUCAUAAGCAACUUCCGCAUUUUCGAGAAAAAAGAAACCCAUGAUCACUAACAAUUACCACCCUCCCCCCCCCCUCACUCAACACCUUUUUAACCACACACAAAUUUGUCAACGUUUUUCUACCGAAUAGCAAAAUCAAGUGUGGAAAAGAAGACGGAGAUAUAUUUGUGAAGCCAGCGUACUGUGAGACCAGAUUCCCGUCCGUUCAGUAAGUAACAGCGUACUGUGUGACGAGAUUCCCAUCCGUUCAGUAAGUACCAGCGUACUGUGAGACCAGAUUCCCGUCCGUUCAGUAAGUACCAGCGUACUGUGAGACCAGAUUCCCAUCCGUUCAGUAAGUACCAGCGUACUGUGAGACCAGAUUCCCAUCCGUUCAGUAAGUACCAGCGUACUGUGAGACCAGAUUCCCGUCCGUUCAGUAAGUACCAGCGUACUGUGAGACCAGAUUCCCGUCCGUUCAGUAAGUACCCGCGUACCGUGAGACCAGAUUCCCAUCCGUUCAGUAAGUACCAGCGUACCGUGAGACCAGAUUCCCGUCCGUUCAGUAAGUACCAGCGUACUGUGAGACCAGAUUCCCGUCCGUUCAGUAAGUACCAGCGUACUGUGAGAGCAGAUUCCCAUCCGUUCAGUGAGUACCAGAGUACUGUGAAAACGAAUUGCCACACGUUCAGUACGUUCCAGCGUAAGGUGAGAAUAAAAUGUCCACACAUUCAGUAAGUACCAGAGUACUGCGAAGCCAGCCUAAACACCUUCCGUAAAUCGUAGAACAGGAUAUGUGAAAGCUUGAAAUAAAAAAAACGUGACACUCAGACGAGUAUUUCUGCUAGACAACUUUGCCAGUAGACGAUUAAUAGGGCGUUCCUCGGAUUAGAUCAACAAUUACCGAUAAUAAAGGCAUGCUUAGGGCAUCAAGAACAUACUUUGGGGAGGGAGUUGGGGGGGGGGGGAACAUGACACAGAUGUAAGGUCGAAUUACGGAAAAAAUGUUUAUUUAUUUUUAUAAUUUUUUUUUAAUUUGAAAAACAUUCACAUCUUUCUUGUUAAAUCUUUGCCAAUAGACGAUUAAUAGGGCGUUCCUCGGAUUAGAUCAACAAUUACCGAUAAUAAAGGCAUGCUUAGGGCAUCAAGAACAUACUUUGGGGAGGGAGUUGGGGGGGGGGAACAUGACACAGAUGUAAGGUCGAAUUACGGAAAAAAUGUUUAUUUAUUUUUAUAAUUUUUUUUUAAUUUGAAAAACAUUCACAUCUUUCUUGUUAAAGUUCUAUAAUCAUAAAUUAAGGCAGUUCAUUUAAAUUUUUAAGGGCACUGAUAAAUUAAACGUCACAAUCCAAGCCUAUAGUCCAUUGAAUUUCUUCAUUGUUGUUAACUCCUACAGUCUUCUUGGAUUGAUUACAUUCGUCAAGUUCUUUUCACACGUUGAAUGCGUCGUACUAGUCCUACUAUCAUUGAACAAACUCAACUCCUUUUCAUAAUAAUUGUAACUUUAAUGUCUAAGUAAAUACUAUACACAUAACAUGUGAAUAUAGCACAGCUCGCUAUCAGACCUAAAUAGCACACAUCCUAUCACUUCAAGGUUCCACUCAAGACUGCCGUACGACUAAAACAUACGUCACAAUACUGCAUAGACAAUACGUCACGAAUCAGCAUAAAAAUACGUCAUAGAGACAAUGGCGGGAAGAGCGUUCAACAACUAAUGAACAUAAUAUUCAGUCGCAACAAUUACUAAUGAACGCCCAUACUCGACAAUUGUUUCUGCCGUUUCAUGACGAUGUGCUCUAUUUGAUUGCCCUGAUGUGGCCAACAUUUACAGUCUGAACCAAACAGAAACACAUUUCAGAUCUCUUCGUCAACAGAAUAUGCUUAUUUAAAGACAUGUAGAUCACGGGAUGGCAUUACAAUGUUCACUGGCGUGACAUGAUUUCCUUUUGCGCUAGUAGCCAUUGGCGAGACAUGAGUUCCUCUAGUUGUAGUAGCCACUGGCUAGAAAUGAGUUCCUCUAGCACUAGUAGCCAUUGGCGAGACAUGAGUUCCUUUACCACUAGUAGCCACUGGCCGAACAUGAGUUCCUCUAGCACUGGUAGCCAGUGGCGAAGCAUUUCCUCUAGCACUAGUAGCCACUGGCGAGGCAUGAGUUCCUCUAGUACUACUAGCCACUGGCGAGACAUGAGUUCCUCUAGCACUGGUAGCCACUGGCGAGAAUUGAGUUCCUCUAACACUAGUAGCCACUGGCGAGACAAGAGUUCCUCUACCACUAGUAGCCACUGCCCGGACAUGAGUUCCUCUAGCACUAGUAGCCACUGCCGAGAUAUGAGUUCCUCUAGCACUAGUAGCCACUGGCUAGACAUGAGUUCCUAUAGCACUAGUAGCCACUGCCGAGAUAUGAGUUCCUCUAGCACUAGUAGCCACUGGCUAGACAUGAGUUCCUAUAGCACUAGUAUGUCUAGAUGGGCCAAGUGUAGAAAAAACGCCCAGAAGUGAUGGUCUAUCAUUAGAUUCUAAAAACUAUGUGUGCUUAUUUUAAUUUUUUAAAAUAAUUUUUUACAGGCCGUGUUGCAGCCGCUCGAAGCUUUACGAGUGUCACUCUGAAAAAAUCAAUUGUCCGGGACUGUUCUUGUACGAGGGAAAGGUGUGCAAGUUGAGCAACAAGCCGUACAAGCUACCGAAAUAUGCGCACUGCACGUAAGACUUCCCCGAUUUUAAUCAAAUGUUUCUGAGACAAUUCUAUUUAUUCAGUUUUAAAGAACAAGCUCUAGAAAAUUGGGCCAAUACAAGUAAAAGUAAAAAUGUUUGAAUCUAGCCCAUUUCCCAAAUGCAUUGAUAGAAAAUACAACCCCACCUAAAACACGCCCCCCCCCCCAAUCUUUAUCUUAAACCCAUCGUGACUGUGACUCUCUUUUUUAAAAAUUGUGUAGAUGUGAACGCUGCAUCCUGCCCGGGGGAGGUGAAGCUGGGUCUGAUAACUGCACCCUCUCCGUGGGGCGUUGUGUUCCAGCCAAACUCGAAAAGGUCACGGUCAGCUUGGUGUGUGUUGACUUGGAAACGAAGGAGGCUACAUGCAUCCACGCUAAAGUCUGUCUCCCUCAAAGGUGAGUUGCAGUCCUUUGUCUUGAUUUCUAAACUUCUUAACUAAGAAAAAAAAAAUUUUGUGGUAAAAAUUACACGAAAACUCCCUUCUCACUAACUCAACCUUAAUUAUGAAAAUGGGGGAGAACAUAUACACAGUUCAAGAAGAUGCUGAGAAAACAAAUUGAAAUUUAAAAAAACAAAAAAAAACCAUUACAAGAGACGAACGGAAAAGUUAUAAUGAAAACAAAAUAUUUAAAUACGAAACCCGCAAAACCAACUAUUACGAACCAAACGCCGAACAAGUAUUUCAGCGCCUCUACGAUUUGGCGUAGAGGGUUCGAUGCUCACUACUACAAAACUGCAUUUGUUGAAGGUGAAACUGUUCAAGUAAGAAGUGUUCAGAAGUUUCUUGUGUUAAAUAUGUCCAAUCACUCUAGCAACGUUUUAUUCCUACCUGAAAUACGAAAAAAAAGAUUUCACAAUUGAUUAUAUUUCGUAAUGAGAUCGUGGAGGUCUUUGGACAUGAUCGAACGCUGUUCAAAACUUACGAAAAAUCGAUGAAUUAAUUAGUCUUAUUUGUAUUGCUUGUCGUAUCGCACGUAAUGGGGCCAGUGUUCUUUUCAUUAAUAAAUGAUCCGUUGACAAGGGUUAGGAAUAGAUUUAUUGUGCAUGAAAUUAGUGCACGCCCUUAUUGUUACGCAGUUUUUAGCACCUAUUUCCUUGGUUGUCAAUUUUAUGGUUUUGAUAAAUGGCAUCUCCUAAAUGUAAAACCUUAAAAUGAAAUUUCAACCCUUGACUAUGCUAUUAUGCACAUUUUUUAAACGUUAAUCUAUAGAACUACUGCCUUUAACGGUUCUUCAUAAAUUGUCAGUUUUUACAAAUUGAGAACCUCGUCGUCCUACUUUCUCGUAUUAUUAAUCUGGUGUCGUCAAUUAGAGGAGAAGAAGAGAAAAAAAAUCUCAUGAGUAAAUUCCCAGCUCUUUUGACUUAAUUCAAUCUUGCUUUCGCUUCAUUCAAUAGUCCAUAUUGAGAUACCCUAAAAUGUGUAUGUAUUUUAUUUCUCUUCCUUAGCUGUGAAUGUUCUACGUAUUAGCACAAGAGAUGUCCAAACAUAGAACUCCAGCAAAUGGACACACUAUUCUUGGAAAUAAAACUUGAAAUAUAUGGAGUAGUGUUUUUAUAUAUUAUCAUUAUUUUUUAAAAAUCUUAAACACUAUUCAAUUCUUAGAUUUGAACGCUCGUGUUUUGUAAUUAUUUGUUUAAAAAAUUAUGUUUUUGAUUCGUUUAAACAAAACACACACACAAACAAAAGUCUCAUAUACACAAGCACAGACAUGAUAAUCAAACACUCACAUUGAAACAAACACACAAAGACACACACAUAGUCAAACCCACUCACACACAUACAAAGUACACAAAGAUACACACGUCUGCAAGCAUACACACACACAAACAAGCAUAGAGACAAAUAGCCAAUACUCAACCAGUUACACGAACACAUAUGUACGCUAAAGCAAUGCACAAAUAAUUAAUUUAUUCCCAUAUCUACUAAACAUCAAUACAUAAUACUCCUGGAGGUUAAUGUCAUGUGAGCUGAAGUGCUUAUAAAUCAAACUGUUUAUAAAUCAACAUGUUCAUAAAUCAACGUGGUCAUUAUUCGAACUGUUAACAACUCAAACUGUUCAUAAAUCAAAAUGUUCAUAAAUCAAUGUGUUCACAAAUCAACGUGUUCAUAAAUCAACGUGUUCAUAAAUCAAUGUGUUCAUAAAUCAAUGUGUUCACAAAUCAACGUGUUCAUAAAUCAAACUGUUCAUAAAUCAAAAUGUUCAUAAAUCAAUGUGUUCACAAAUCAACGUGUUCAUA